AUGCCGUUCCGGAGAUACAUGGAGGUGGGCCGGGUGUGCAUGGUCAACUUCGGCCCCAUGUACGGCAAGCUCGUCGUCGUCGUCGAUAUCAUCGACCAAAACAGGGCCCUGGUGGACUUCACGGGCAUGGAGCGCCAGCAGAUCAACUACAAGCGCCUGUCGCUGACGGACAUCACCAUCGACAUUCCCAAGGCCGCCUCGAAGAAGGAGCUGCGCGCCGCCAUUGAGGCCGGUGAGGUGCAGAGCAAGUGGGAGGCGAGCUCGUGGGGGAGGAAGCUCUUGAUCCAGAAGAAGCGGGCGGCUCUAACCGACUUCGAGCGCUUCAAGAUUGCUGCCGCCCGUUCACAGAAAGCCAAGGCUGUGAAGAAGGCUCUUGCUUAA